AUGAGUUCCAAUUCGGCUGUUGACGAUUCCGAAACCAAAACUUACGGAGGUUGUGAAGGUCCGGAUGCUACGUUUGUGAAGUUGGUCAGCAGCGAUGGACAUCAAUUUUUCAUCAAGAAGACGCUUGCAUCAAUUUCUGGGACCAUCAAAGCGAUGUUGAGCGGACCUGGACAGUACUCGGAGAAUGAGAGUAAUGAAGUGAACUUCCGCGAGAUUCCAUCGCAUGUUCUCCAGAAAGUCUGUCAGUACUUUUCGUACAAGGACCGCUAUACUAGUUCGGCAACGGAGAUUCCUGAAUUCAACAUCACUCCAGAAGUAGCGCUUGAGCUGCUUAUGGCUGCGAAUUUCCUCGACUGCUAG